AUGCAAUAUGACGAUGACAACAACAAUCAACAAGCAGUAGACAAGGUCGUAUGUGGAUCUUGCGACAAGGUGCUGUCGUCCGACUGGUUCUGCUCCGAUUGUCAUAAACGAUGUGAAACUUGUAACCGCUUCCUGAGUGCAGACGAACAUUGUUCUCGAUGCUGGUCCUUUGAUACGCUACACAACACCUUUGUUCGUAAACCACGAAACACUCAUGUUGCAAUCAGCACUACAGCAGCGACGGCAGCCACCACCUCAUUUCAUCCUCCACCGUCUCCUCCAAAUCACCAUGUCAUGUCAUAUUCAUCGUCCGCAAUGCACUACCACCAUGCAGCAGCAGCAACAGUAACCACCUCCGCAAGCGAUACGAUCACAAGUUUGCCACCUUCUUUUCAUUAA